CCUCGACUGUUUAUCGGUCGGUGUUUACGGGUAUAUUUGUAUAUAUAACCAGUCUAACAAUACACGUAGACCUAAUGUGUCCAUGUUUACCAUGGCAGGAGGACAGACUGGCCAACCGGUAAUAUUGCUACUUCUAUACACUCUGGAAGUUGUCCGUGCACAGAAGUUCUCCCACACUACAACGAUUAAUCCGUCGGGUAGUACCACUGUUAAAUCAGAUAUACCGAACGUUAUUUUGUUCUAUGCCUCCCCCGUCAUCACCCUCAUCAUACUCGUAUUGAUCGUAUUCGUCAUUUCCAAUGCUAUCCGGGCGUGUCAAAGAAAAUUUUCAAGAACAACUACGUCACAAGUGCCAACAAUAUCAGCUACUGUUCAAGAUGGAACGGACACCGACCCACCCCCGCCAUACACAUUUACAGACGUGACGUCAGAAGUCACGUUACCUAAAGUGUCUGUUUCAAACUGUCCACCAUACACAAAGGAUCCACCAUCUUACCUCGAAUUGACGAUUUCCACGCAUUCCUGACGAUCCGCGAAUUAACGUGUCACCUUGUUAUAUACGGCAUAUGUAUCAUUAUUUUCUAUUAUGCAUGUCAUUUUCGAUUAACUGUUAUUUAUUAUUUUUGCAAUAAAACGAUAUUUACAUUUAAAA